AUGGCGAGUCCGAGGCUCUGUGGCGCCGUGAGCGGCUUCGGGCUGGUUGGGGGCUGCCUGCUGAAGCCGGGGCAGUCCAAUGCUCUGAAAAGAAAGCUUCAGUCACCACAUGGAAACCCACCUUUGAAACGUCAAUGUAAGCCAUCAGUAAACACCUUCAAGAAAUGUGCUACUGAAGCUGAAGUCAGGGAGAAGGGAAGUUCAUCACAAAAAUCUCUUCCUAAGAAGCAGUUGACUGACAACCGAAAUGAAAGCCAGAAAAGCAAACCUUUCGUUAAGACAUCCAGCCUGUUUAGAAACAACCCUGAUAUCCCAGAAAUUCACAGAAAAGCAGUGCAGCAGGUGCAAGAAGAUGUUUUCACUACAGAUUCAUUUAACCAGUUGGACCUCCAUCCACAUCUGAUCUCCACCAUAAACACCGUCCUAAACAUAAGUAGCAUGACCAGUGUUCAGAAGCAAACGAUUCCUGUGCUCCUGCAAGGCAAAGAUGCUCUAGUGAGAUCUCAGACAGGUUCAGGUAAAACUCUUGCCUAUGGGAUUCCACUUGUACAGUCUUUGCAAGGAAUGGAACCCAAAAUACAGCGCAGUGAUGGGCCUUAUGCACUCGUAUUAGUCCCAACAAGAGAGCUUGCACUCCAAAGUUUUGAUACAAUGCAGAAACUACUUAAGCCAUUUGCCUGGAUUGUGCCUGGAGUGCUAAUGGGGGGAGAAAAGAGAAAAUCGGAAAAAGCCAGAUUACGUAAAGGAAUAAAUAUCCUCAUUUCAACUCCUGGUCGCCUGGUUGAUCACAUCAAGUCCACAGAAUGUAUUCAUUUCCGUCGCACUCAGUGGUUGAUUAUUGAUGAAGCAGACAGGAUCUUGGAUCUGGGCUUUGAGAAGGACGUAGCUGUGAUACUCAAUGCUUUAAAUGCUGAGAGAGACACCCGUCAGAAUGUCCUGCUCUCAGCCACCCUCACGGAAGGAGUAACACGGCUGGCCGAUAUCAGUUUGAAUGACCCCAUCAGCAUUUCCAUAGCAGAUGAAAUCCAGAAGGGGCCCAAACCAGCAUCGAACACAGAUAGACAAGCCAGCAGUUCUUCAGACUGCAUGAAGCAGGAAAACUUUGCUGUUCCAGAGAAGCUCAAGCAGUAUAUCGUGAUGGUCCCCAGCAAAUUGAGGCUUGUCACGUUAGCAGCUUUUAUCCUUGAGAAAUGCAAGUUUGAAAAACACCACAAGAUGAUAAUCUUUUUCUCCAGCUGUGAGCAAGUGGAAUUCCACUAUGAGCUCCUUCUGAAGGUCCUUGCAGGAGGGCCAGAGUCACAACAACCUGGACGUUCAUCUGUCUCCCCUGGGUGCUUACAUUUUCUGCGACUGCACGGCAACAUGGAACAGGAAGAAAGAACAGAGGUCUUCCAGGAGUUCCUAAAAUCCAAGACUGGCAUCUUGCUUUGCACUGAUGUUGCAGCACGUGGCCUAGACCUGCCUCAGGUUACAUGGAUCAUACAGUAUAACGCUCCGGCUUCACCUGCGGAAUACAUCCACCGGAUCGGGAGGACGGCUCGCAUUGGCUGUCACGGGAACAGCCUGCUUGUCCUGGCGCCUUCGGAGGCAGAAUAUGUCAGCUUGCUGGCUUCUCACAAGAUUAAUGUUUCAGAGAUAAAGAUGGAGAAGGUAUUAUCCAGCCUGAUGAAAGAUGAUCGCUUCAAGUUGCACAGACCAGGAAGCAAGAAAUCCUGUGGCACGGACCCUCAGGAAGUCCGGGAGAGGGCUACGGUUUUGCAGACAAAAUUUGAAAAUUACAUUCACUCCAGCGAGGGGACUGUCCAGUGGGCAAAGAAAGCACUGCAGUCUUUCCUUUGUGCCUAUACCACCUAUCCCAGAAACCUCAAGCACAUCUUCCACAUCAAAUCUCUUCACCUGGGUCAUGUGGCUAAGAGCUUCGGCCUGAGAGAUGCCCCCCAGAACCUGACUGCUCUUCCAGCUGCAGGCUCAAAGAAGAAAACCAAACCGAGACCAAAAAGGUCUGACCUUCUCAGGAAGACCCACGGCAAACAUCGCCUUGCUGAGAUCCUGCGAUCUGAAUAUUCCAGUGGGAUGGACACUGGUGUAUCCAAGGUCAAGAAGAAAAAACAGAGAAAACCUGGCAACCAGCAGAUUCCAACAUAAGCCGGGACCUUCCAGUCGUUGGCUGCGAAACCUGCUCGAGUGCCUCAGCCGGGGGUCAGGGUGACCUGCCAAAUCAACUGAGGAGUGUUUCAGUUUAUCAGGCAAAUAUGGGAGGGGUCUUGGGGAUCUUGGCCUCCUCCCCUUCAUUCCAUAGGUCCAAAUGGAAUCGAAUCCAGGUGUGUCCUGGAUUUAAUUGCACUGCUGCAAUUAAAUGUGGCUUCCUGAAGAUGCAGAGAGUUUCUAAGAUAGUUUUUGCAAGAAAAAUAAAAAAUGUUAAAUAUAGUUCUCAGAGAAAUGUGAUGUCUAUAUAACGUGAAAGCAAGGCAAGUACUCAGGCAGGAGAUGCUUCCCUCUUUAAAAGACCUGUAGAAACACUCCACAAUCUGCUUACUUGCUUGUUUUUAACCAGAUAAACAGUAGUGACAGAGGAGGUUUUCCAGGAGCAUGUUUAAGAGGAGAGGGGAGGCCGCCCUUUCCCCUCUCACUAUCCAGGGGGACACUUUGCUCUUGUCUCAGGUAACGUAGCCACGUUGCUGCCACCUUCUCUCCUGUCCUUGUGCGUUGGGGCAAGGUCUGUCCCUGGACACUGAUCAUUAGUCAGAUUUUGCCCCCUGGAAGGAACCUCCCGAUUUCAGUGCAAGCAGCAGGAUUGUGGAGAACUCUUCAGUAUAAUGACACAUGGUCCCUUUGGGGCAGAGCUCAUGGGCACAAAACUUCAUGUCAAAACUCCUGAGUUUGGGAACAAACGUUGUCACUGUGGGAAGGAGCCAGCGUGGAAUCCAGCAAUCUCCAAACUUCUCCUUGCCUGCAGCAUAUUGUCAUACCUAAUUAUAUAAUGCAGAGUAUGUAUGAAAUGUCUCACCUCUCUGAACAUUAAAGUCUUUGCAAGGCUCUUGCUAACACUUAGCAGUAGUAACCCUGGGUUUGGGGGUUCUCUCUGCUUUGGCUACACCUGUUUUGAGUACGUCCCAAGCUAACGGAUUUCACUUCUUGCUUUUCCCGUUUGUUUUUAUCUUGUUCUUGCUUAUCAGAGAACUGGGGCUGCUGAGAAAAAGGAUGCAGUAUGGCCCCAAAUGUGUCGAGGCUCCUUCACCAUUGCCCAGCAUGUGAAAUGGAACCCGAGCUCUAGUGGAGUCCGUGACAAAGCUCCUCUUUGAGUUGGUGAGGAGAGGGGGAGAGCAGGUCCCCCCCAGGGCCUGCAGGAGAUGUACAAACUUCCCCAGGGCCUGCAGGUGAGCACCCACCUCCCUCUGCCUGCCUUCCUCGCUGCGCUGCUUCCAGCACCUCCUGUGACACAAGCAAGCAGUACACAUCCAGAAACGGUGCUAAACCCUGCCAAAACAGCUUUCUGCUGCCUGCGUGUGUCUUCCUCAAGGAAAGAGAUGAAGAGCAGCCCACCCGUGACCCAAGCCAGGCAUGCUGUAUAACGCAGGACCAGAAAGUGCUCAAAUCCAGUGGCAAUUUCAGGUGCUGGAAGGGAAAAAAGUACUGAAAAAGGUGCAUAACCAGAUGAAAAUGAUACCUGCUUUGUGCAUACAGAAUUGAGGGCACCUACUUUGGGCUAUAGUGAGUCAUACUAAAGACUGUGGGAGGGAAACAAUCAAUCCAAAAGUAUUUAAUUUCGGAAGUGAAUGUAACUUUAUGAGAAACAAAUCUUUUUUCCUCACAAGCAAUUAGCAAACACACUGAUUUUACUGCAGUACUCUUGAACACUUCAGAAAGAUGUUAAAAAGGCACCAAUAUAAAAUUGAUCAUGUUAUUGCAGAGAGCAUGAAGUUGCUGACAUUCAUUAGAUUAAGAUAAAAUAACAACAAAGCCCACCCGAUUUUGUUAUGAGUGCUGUUUGGAAGAGUAAUCGGGUUUAAGGCAAAUGUCAACUUAAACAGAAAAGAAACCCCUGAGGAUGAAAAUGACUCAGAGUGAUGCAGAGAGUGUAAGUUUGGGAAGAACUGAUAGUGUGCAUGAGGGGAAAAUACAUGACCUUCUCCUGGCUGACUGUCACUUAUGAAUUAAUAGGGACUAUUGGCAAAUUCAUAAUAGUAGGAAUGAAGGCCAACAGCACAUUGGUGAGAGACAUCAGGAAAUCUCAUUGCUGUCUGUACUAACUGGGCCUGUAACAUUACAAGCAGUUACGAUGAAUAAUGUGAUUUAAAAAAAAAAAA